AGAGUGACGUACUCCAACAUGCUGAUCUAUGACCGACGGCCGGAGCUGCCGUUCAUUUCCCAAUCGGUUCAGUGCGUCUAUGACUCAGCUGUAAGCAAGAUGACAGCAUUCAGCGCUGUGGAAGAUGAGAAUGAAGGACUGGCGAUCUUCAGCAUGGAGCUUAUGAACGGUGAUUUCAGUGCUCCGGCUCCGUCUAUGAGGUUCCAGCUUGGGUCCAUUAUUCCCAUCAGAGCCACGGUGGAGUCACGGAGCCACAGGCCGCUGAAAAUCUUCAUGGAGAGCUGUGUGGCUGCCACGGAUGCCAACAUCAGCCAUGCCGCUCAGGUGCAUCCCAUCAUCGCCAACGUCGGGUGUCUGAUGGAAAGUAAAUCAGGAAACUCCAGCUUUCUGCCGAGGCGUCAUCCUGCUGAAAUACGCCUCUAUCUCCAAGCCUUCAAGUUUGCUCUUGGACAGAAUAUUUUCCUGCACUGUGAUCUGGAAGCGUGGGACAUCCAGCGUGUGGACAGGAAGGCGUGUCACUACAUGCAGCAGCAGCGCAGAUGGGAGCUCCUGGAUGAUCCGUCCCAGAGCUACGCGUGUUCCUGUUGCGAGUCCACGUGCUUCUGGAGGACAGACUCCACGAAAGGCAUGUCAGCUCGUAAAGUUUUGGGGCCAUUUGUGAUGGAGGAUGAAUCUCAGAGCGACACAUCUCUGGACACACAGUCUAGCACUGAACAUGGUCUGACUGAAGCUCUGCUGUGGCUGCUGGUGGUUUCGGUGGCAGCAGCGCUGGUGACCAUCAUGGGAGUUUUGGCCGUGAGCUACUACCUGUGUUUCUGGAGAGGAGGACGCUUAGGCUACAGACCCAGCAGAGAUCUGCUCACCAAAUACUGAUUAGCUUUUAAUAAAUAUUUUGAACUGGU